AUGGGCACCUUCCUCGCGCCAUUCCCGUCUCCCCAGCCCGUCUUUCCCACAGUGGACACCGAGUUCUCCUCCACCGCGGUUUCUGCCGACGCCGAGUGCUCCCCCACCUUCCUCGCCUCUCCCGACGCAGAAUUCUCUUCCUCCAUCAUCGCCCUCCUCGCCGCCAUGGACGACGACGUCGGAGCUGGGUCGUCACAGCCUAAUGCGCCCUUCGCAGCUGAAGCUGACGCCGACUUUGCUAAUUUCCCGCUCUUAUUUGCUGCCCACGAACACGAUCACCACCAGGCCGUUGACGCGAUGAUGAUGCCAUUGCCGCCGAAGGUUUUGGCUGACCUUUCGGUGAAUCCCAUUCCCAGCAGUGUGGUUCAAGGAUCAUUAUUCCCGGCCGCGGGCGAAGGCGGGGCCACGGCCGGGCAGCACCUCGCGAUAGGAAAGAGACGGCGGCGGCAGACGAGAAGCAGCUCGCAGUCUAACGACGCUCCCGGCGAGAGCAGCGGCGGCCAGGCCCAUGCGCCAGAUAGGGCCAGGGCCAGCCGCCGGGUGUGGGUCCGGACGCGGAGCACCGAGUGGUGGGACCACCUGGACGGGCCGUCGUGCCCGGACGCCGAGUUCCGGAGCGCCUUCCGCAUGUCGCGCGCCACGUUCGGCGCGCUCUGCGACGCGCUCGGCGGCGCCGUCGCCAAGGAGGACACCGCGCUGCGGACUGCCAUCCCCGUGCGCCAGCGCGUGGCCGUCUGCCUCUGGCGCCUCGCCACGGCGGAGCCCCUCCGCGAGGUCUCCCGCCGUUUCGGCCUCGGCAUCUCCACCUGCCACAGCAUCGUGCUCCAGGUCUACCACGCCCUGGCCGCCGUGCUCAGGCCCACGACCAUCACCUGGCCUGAGCCUAACUCCGCCGCGACCGUUGCGGCCAGGUUUGAGGCCGCCUACGGGCUCCCUGGCAUCAUCGGCGCCGUCUACACCACGCGCGUCACCGUCGUCGCGCCCAAGGCCAACGUCGCCGCGUACUACGACCGCGGCCUCACGGAGCGGAACCAGAAGGCGUCCUACUCCGUCGCCGUCCAGGCCGUUGCUGACGCCGACGGAGCGUUCACGGACGUCUGGAUCGAGCCGGGGUCGCUAUCUGACGCAGCCGUGCUUGGCAGGUGGGCUCUUUGCGGGCUCCUAGGGGGCCACGGGCAGGAGCAGCGGCUAGUCGGUGGCACGAGCUAUCCGCUCAUGGACUGGAUGCUCGUGCCGUACGCGCACCAGAACCUGACGUGGACGGAGCACGCGUUCAAUGAGCACGUCGCCGCCGCGCGCGGUGUGGCGCGGGGCGCGGUCAGGCGGCUCAAGGCGCGGUGGCGCUGCUUGCAGCGCCGCAGCGAGGUGAAGAUGCAGGACCUCCCCAGCAUGAUCGCCGCCUGCUGCGUGCUGCACAACGUCUGCGAACGCGCCGGCGAGGAGCUUGACCCCGAUCUCAUGCAGUAUGAGCUCGAUGACGACGACGGUGACGUCGUCGCUCACGACGCCGCGCCCCCCGCACCGGCAGUGCAGGCGGCGCGAGACAGGAUCGCGCACGGCCUCCUGCACGGCAGCCACCCUAUUAACUAG